UUUAAUGUUAUUAUAAAAAGUGAUUUCAAAAAGAAUUCAUCAUGGCAUCGCCGUGGUUUGAACAGUAUGUCUAUACCGGUGUCCAAGUAUGAAGAGUUGCUGAGGACGGUGCGUGGGCUCGGACAAGAAGCACGUCACGUCCAAAGCCUCGCAUCACCUCUGCUCUCUUCGCUUCAAGAAAAUCAAAUCUCUUCCCAACAAAAUAUAAAUCAACCUUCAACCUCUUCGGCAGAUCAAUUUGACAAUAAUGGAGCUUAUUCUAACAAUUUGAGCGGUCCAAAUAAUUUACGUAAGAUUUCUACUAAAAACGAUGAUUUAAAUUCAACAUACUCAAAAUCAAAAACAUUCAAGCGAUCGGCAAUGGACAAAAAGGAAUACAAGACACAUACGAAUAGUCCUGAGUCAUUUACAACAAGAAUAUCACCAGAACGUGAUAUAUCAAGUGGAGGUGAUAUGGAUAGCAGUUCUGAACAUGUAACUGCAUCUAUAAAUGGGCCACUUUCAAAUUUAUACCAUGGUACAUGGCCUGUUGAACGGGGUCUUUGGCAAAGUGGACCAUCUAGUCUACCUUCGUCGUCAAAUCAUGAUAUGACCAGUGUGAUGAGUUUCGCAUCAAGCGCUGGUUCUACAGGACCAUUUGAAUCAGCGGAUCAUAAAAGUACAGAUUCUAUUUCCAAUCAAUGUUCGGGAACGUUUACUGCAUCAAAUUUAGAUUCACAUCAUCAACUUGGUGCUAAAGUUGAUAUUGUUUAUGGAUUAUUGGCAAUGCUAGGUGCAAAUGAAGGUGCUGAUAUGGGUCAUACUUUACUUGCUUUAAGCAGUAGUCCAGAAAGUUGUUUAGCGAUGAGAAAAUCAGGUUGCAUUCCUUUAUUAGUACAGUUAGUGCAUUCAGAAUGUGAUGCAUUAACAAGACAACAAGCUAGUCAAGCAUUACAUAAUCUUGUACAAGCACAGCCCGAUGAAAGGCUUUUACGUCGUGAAACUCGUGUGUUAAAAUUAUUAGAACAAAUUCGUAUAUAUUGUGAAAAUAUUGUAGAUGAAAAAACUCCGGAUACUCCAAGUACAUCGGAAAUAUCUUCUGAUAAAGAGAACGAUAAGCAUCCAGCACAAAUAAUUGCAAAUUUAAUGAAAUUAUCAUUCGAUGAAGGACAUCGUAUUGCAAUUUGUCAAUUAGGGGGUCUUCAAGCAAUUGCAAAACUUAUACAGGUGGAUCACUUGGUGCAUGGAAGCGAUAGUGAGGAUCUACAAUGUAUUACGUUACGUCGUUAUGCGGGUAUGGCACUUACAAAUCUUACUUUUGGUGAUGGAAAUAAUAAAGCUCUACUGUGCUCUUUACAUGAAUUUAUGCAAGUUUUGGUUAAACAACUGUAUUCAAAUAGUGAAGAUUUAAAACAGGUAACAGCUAGUGUACUACGUAAUUUAUCAUGGCGAGCAGAUUCACAAAGCAAACAAAUAUUACGUGAAGUUGGUGCUGUUGUUGGUUUAGCGUAUGCUGCAAUGAAUAGUCAAAAAGAAGCAACAUUAAAAUCUGUGUUAUCAGCUUUAUGGAAUUUAUCCGCACACUGUAGUAUAAACAAAGCUGAUAUAUGCAGUGUAGACGGUUUAUUAGGAUAUUUAGUUGAAAUGUUAACAUAUAAAUCACAAUCGAAAACUUUAUCGAUUAUUGAAAACGCUGGCGGCAUUUUACGUAAUAUAUCCAGUCAUAUUGCUGUACGUGAAGAUUAUCGUGCAAUAUUACGUCAACAAAAUUGUUUACAAAUUUUAUUACAACAAUUACGUUCACCAAGUUUAACGGUUGUCAGUAACGCUUGUGGUUCAUUAUGGAAUCUUUCAGCCAAAUGUCCCGCUGAUCAAAAAGCAUUAUGGGAUAUGGGUGCUGUACCAAUGUUACGUAGCUUAACACAUUCAAAACACAAAAUGAUCUCAAUGGGCUCAAGUGCUGCAUUAAAAAAUUUACUUGGUGCUCGACCAAACGGUGGUUCACUUACUCGAUUAGAUUCUACCGCAAAAGCAUUAGGUUUAACAACGUUACCAACGUUAGGAGCGCGUAAACAGCGUGCUUUAGAACAAGAAUUAGACGAAAAUUUAACAGAAACAUGUGAUAAUAUUGAACCCAGCGUUUCACCGACGACAACCACUGCAACAAAUAACGAGUUACAUUUAGGACGAAUAUUAGCAUCACAUAGUUAUACACAUGGUCGCAAAAAUAACGAGUCGACGUUAUCAGAGAGUCGAGAAUCUGUUACAAGCACACAUUCCGAUUCAGUUUACGAGCGCGUUAUACGAAAUUUACCAAUACAAAUACGUACCACGAAUACUGUAAUACCAGUUACCAAUCAAAAAUUAUGUCAAAGUGAUAUUCUUACAAAUGUGAAAAGUCAGGGACGUACUGAUCUCAAAUUUAUUAAACGUUAUGAACAUUCACACUAUGAGCAACGAGCAUUAGACUCAAACGUAUGGUCAAUAAAAAAUACUUCGUUCGAACGUCGUAGCAAAUUUCCAGAAAAUGAACAAAACAUACAUAAUGAUCAACCUAUUGAUUAUAGUCAAAAAUAUUCUGAGGAAGCGACAACCAUAACUUCAAAACCGCCCAGUGCAACGUCUUCAUCAAACAAAAGUAAAGUAGAAGUUGCAUAUGGUAAUUAUACAGUUACCGAUUUAGAUCAACCAACCAAUUAUUCUUUACGUUACCCUGAAGAUGAUAGUAAUGAAGAAUCCUCUCCAAAACAAUCGAUACCAGAAUAUGUUCACGAGGAUACAGUGAAAACGUAUUGUACAGAGGGCACACCUUAUGAAACACCAUUUAACUUUUCAACGGCUACGUCAAUGAGUGAUUUACGAUUAGAUGGAGCUAUAAUACAAGAUGAGAAGAAAAUAAUCGAUAAUGAUUAUGUGAAAGAAGAAGACGAUGCUAGUAAACCGGCGAAAGAGCAUGAAUCGCGUCAUUUAGAUGAGAAAGACACAUGUUCCAUCGAAGAUAUUACAAAAAUUGAACCAGAAACUAAGUAUACUUCCAACUAUAAAUCUGGAUUUAAUUCUUCGGGUAUUUUAUCACCAGAAAAACCAGUUAAUUACUGUGAAGAAGGUACGCCAGGUUAUUUUUCACGUGUUAGUUCUCUAAGUUCAUUAAAUUCAACAGCUACUAAUGAGAAUGCACUCAAAGAUGAGAAAAAAUUGAAUUAUACGCCGGAAAAACAAGAUAAUUCGCAACAAAUUGUGAAACCGGAAACACAACCAUUAAAGGAGGAAAUACGUGACCAUCGUGAAUGUAAAGUUGUUACAUUUGGUGGCGCUAUUGAUUAUGCUGAGGAAACACCUUUAAUGUUUUCACGAAGUAGUUCGUUAGCGUCUUUGGAUAGUGUGGAACAGCAUUCAAUUCAUGAUGAUCGCAGUUCAGUUAUUUCUGAUUUUAGUCGCCGUACAAGCGGUGUAGUUUCACCGAGUGAAUUACCAGAUUCACCAACACAAACUGUACCACCAACUCCAGUACGACCAUCAAAUCAAGAAUUAAUUACACCUCGAACUAGAAAAUUAACACCACAAGCAAGAAGUUCAAAUACCUUGAUAAUGCCUACAACAUCAUCGACUGUUGUUAAACAAAGUGUAUUUGAAGAUGCUACAUCAUCGUUUAAAGAUGAAAAUACACCGAUUGAAUUUUCACGUGCAACAAGUUUGAGUUCAUUAACUAUUGAUGAUGAAAUUAAACCGAAUAAGUUACCAUCGUCAUCUGCUGCGAUAGUCCUAGUCAAUAAUAAUGAAACCGAUAAAAUGGUUCAACAAAUGUCUGAAAUGUCAUUAACAAAUCGAACUCCACCAUCGCCUCGUCAUACUGGUACAGGUAUACCAAUAUUUAAGAAAAGUGUACCAAAAUCAAAUAUACCUAGAAUGCGAUCUCGUCCACCGCCACCACCUCAAAUGAAAAAAUCACAAAUUAGUGAGCGAAGUCCUCCACAAGAGACCCAAUGCGACGUAGUGAAAACGUACUACACGGAAGAUACACCAGCUGUAUUAAGUCAUGCUGGCUCUAAUUCAAAUUUGUCUGAAUUAUCCAUACCACUUGAAGAUGAUCAAAAAAUUCAAAAAGAAAACGAAAACGGACAGCCAAAAACUGAUAAUAAUGAAGAUAAAAAAUCAGAACAUGAUAACAGCUUUGAGUUAUCGGGUGAUGAAAAUCAUUCAACUGUUGUGAACAAAACAAAUGAACAAACAUUAGCACAUCCACCAGAUAGUUCUGAAGAUGAUAGUAGUAAUAAUUCAGCUGAUGAACGGUUGUUACAACAGUGUAUUCAAGCUGGAAUGAACCGUGUUACAAGCACCGCGCAUACAAUUGCUCCUGAGCAACAAAAAAGUAAAAAAAUUGUUCUAGAAGAUGACGACGCACCAGCUUUUAGUGACGAUAGUUAUACAUCAGCCGAUGAAAGAUUAUUACAACAAUGUAUUAAAGCCGGAAUGGCGCGUGUAGCAUUAAAUUCAUGCGUAGAAACACAUAAAUCCGAAGAAAAUAUAAAAAAACGUGAUAAAGAUUCUGAAGUGGAUUUAUCUGAUGAUUCUGUUGCUGACAAACUAUUACAAGAUUGUAUUCAAUUGGGUAUGGAUCGUGUUACAAAAGGUUCGGCUGAUGCUCGUCUUAUACAUGGUGGCGAAGAUGAUGAUAAUGCAAGUAUUACAUCAGCCGAUGAACGAUUAUUAACCGAAUGCAUUAAUUUGGGUAUACAAUCGGUCACUGGGGAGAAACCACAAAUUUCACCUGCUUUUGUUCAACAAUCUCAAAGUAGAAAAGUUGAAAAUGAACGUCCACGAUUGGAGAAACGUAGUCGAUCAAUGGGUUACAUGAAAAAGAGUUCAGAAUUUGAUUCGGAGUUUAAACGAACUGAUGAUUCACAUAUUUUUAAUUCUAAACAAAAAGGAAUUACAAAUCGGUUUAGUAAAUCAGAGUCAUCUCAUAACUUUGGAAAAGCCUCCCAACGCAUGAGUUCCACUUUGAGUCUGGAUUCAGCAACAUCUUUAAACGAUUCUGAAAAGUUAUUAUUAGAACAAUGUAUUCAGGCUGGAGUGGCUCGUGCUACCGGUCAAAUGUUCAGAGUUCGUCCCGAAAAUAGGAAACCAAUUGGUGCUGAACGUGACGAUAACGUUCAUCAACACCAUAAGCAAAAUUCGCGAAAUCAAACAGAUUUUGAUGGUAAAUACUCAGAAACAUCAUCUCCAUAUCCACAUCCUGCGUAUCGUGAAUCUUCAUUCACAACUCGAGUUGUUGCCAAUUCCCGUGAAAUACAACGUACGAACAUAACAGUAAGAGAAAAUUCAACACGUGAAAGAAUUAUAAGCCGUGAAGAAUUUUAUAGUACACGUGUACCAAAUUUCGAACAAAAAUUUGGUUCAACAACAAAUUUCGAGUCAAAAAACGUGGAAGCUCCGCCUGUUACUGCGAGCACUGCCGAGGAGCUGGUGGUGCUGCACCAGACCCCGCACACAUUCCACCUAGUGACAGGCGCAGAAAAAGAUUUCGUCGGAAAAGAGAUCCAGCGACAGAUUUGCAAAGAGCAAGACAGUCCUACUCAGUAUCCAGACACUUGCGGGAAAUUGCCAGACGAAUACAUCCACCGCAUCGAGAAUUCAUGGAUUGGGGAGACGAAGAAUGGGUAUGAUAAUAAUUUAUUCAAUGGUGAAAUUAAAAAAGGAUGUAAUAAAAGUUUAUCCAGUUUAUUAGACUCUAGCCUAGAAAAUAAUUUGUCCGAAGAAAAUGUCCAUUCAAUUGAAAAUAAUGAUAAAACUGAGAAUGAACUGGUUGUUACGGAAUUUGUAACAUGCGCCGAUGAAAAUAAUUCGACACACAAUUCUGAUGAGAGCUCGUUUGAAAUAUCUGAUGAUAUGAAAUAUGAUUAUGUGAAACCACGCGAUCCUGACGCGAUGAUUGCAUCUGUAGACCGCUUAACUGCUGAAUUAGUAUCACAAGCAUCACACUUACACACUGAUCGAUUAAUGAAACAAAGUGUACAAGAUACUUGGAAUAAUGAUACCACAACCUCGUCAGCAGAUUUAACAUUCCCAAGUAUUUCUGCUACAGAACCAAUUAUUGUUUCAAUCAAAAGUGAAACAACAGAACCAUCCCUUAAAGAUGAAAUUGAUGGAGUUGGUGAAGCAAAUUUAUCAUCACUUGAAACAAACAUGACUGACUCAACUAUAAUUGCUGCAGAAGCUUACAAAGUUGUAAAAGCCGUCGAAAAUGAUGCAGCUGGUAUGAUACAAAGUACAACAAGCUCGAAUAUCGAUAUCGAAAACAUUAAACCACCCUCGAAUUUAGGGAGUUUAACAUCGUUAACAAGUAUAUCGGGGGUUUGGGAUGGAAGCGGUGAUUCAGAAAAUCGUAAAAAGCCACUCAUACGUGCUAAUUCGAAACGUAAAUUAUCUGCAACAGAUAUGAUGCGUAAAGCAAUCACAAAUUCUUCAAAUCAUUCUGGUAGUCUUGAAAAUCUAAUCAAUCAAACAACAAGUUUAAAUCUUGAUUGUAUUAAACCGCCAUCAAUUAUGAAUGAAAUAUCCGAUAUGGAAAGUAGUAUGAUCAGUGUUGCAAGUAUUACAAGCGAAGUAGCAUUCGAGACAGCUACUAUCAAGCCAGAUUUUAUACCAAAUGGUGUAAUUACAACUGAUGUAUUUGAUAUGGAGCAUAAAAUUACAUCGGAAUCAAAACAACCACACAGUUUAAUCAAUUUUAUUGGUUCUGCUGAUUUUAGUUUCAGUGAUAUUGAAAAUGUCAAUCCUCCAAGCUAUUUCAAUGAACAUCACUCGAUAAUUGAUACAUCAACCAACAACGAUACAAUUUGUGACGAUGAUACAAUCGAUAUAUUUGAAGAUUGUAAUACUCAUAAUGACCCAACAUUACAAAAAGAUGAUCUUACAACAGAAUAUUCCGAUGCUAAUAGUGUAACGCCAUUACCAUCAGAUUUUGCAUCAAGUAGUGCGGAAUCAACACCAAAAAAAGUGAACCGUGUAAAUAAACGUUUGACACCAAAACAACGGCGUCAAUUAACCAAAGAACGUUACAAAACAUACACGGUUGCAGCUGGUUUGGUGAUACAGGAAGAACCGAAACGAAAUUUUGACACACAAGUAUCGUGUCCUGAACCGAUAGUUGAUUCAGGUAAGGGAUCUACAGUGGAAUCUGAAGAUCAUAAAGAUACCACAUCGUCAUCAGAUUGUUCAGAAAAACGGGGUAAAUUAACACCGAAACAACGUCGACAGGAAGACCGACAACGAUUUCAAACUCAAGUAUUAGAUUGUAAUCAAAUUAAUGGAAAUCAAUCGGAUUAUACGAGCUUAGAAACUGACGAAAAAAUUAAUUCACAUCGUACUAAAAAAACUGUUAAACAAAAACGUUUAGAAGAUAAAGAACGAUUUCGUACAAGAACUAUUAUUGACGAUAUUGUAUCAUCGUCACCAGACAGUUCACUUCCAAAUGCUGAUUCCCCACCCCAUAUCAAUCCAUUAAUUGUCGGUAGCGAUGAAUUGCAUAAUAUGAUACAACAUGAAGCAAGUCGCAUUGUUGAUAAACUCAACGAAAACGUUGAUGAACUAUUAGAUUGUGAAACAAUCAGUUUAGUAUCAAAUGAAGAGGAUGAAUCUGAACACAAUUCUAUGAAUUCUGUUAAUUUCAGAACUUAUCAUAAGAGUUGGGGUUUCAGUCAAAAAAUACCGAUUAUUGAUAGUCUUCCCCCUCAACCCAUACAAAAUACACAAAUAUCGUCAACAGUUGAACAACAUCAAGAAACAUCUACAUCUCCACUUCCAGAUGAAAUACAAUCAAGUGAUGAUGACGAUGACGAUAAUCAAGGAGUUAAAAUAGCAAAACCGAAAAUUGUCAAACCCGGAGAACAGAAUGAAAAUGAUGAACAACCAAUCGAAGUGGUAAAAGGAAUCCGUGGCCGUCGCAAACCGUUAUAUAAUGGCCAAAUAAAACGGGUUUCGGCUGUACCAAAAAUUUUACCAAAAAAUACAAAAACAGUAACAUCAAAUUUAGUUAAAAAUGUUUCAUCAAAUUUAAAAUCGUCAUCUUCUGAAAUAAAACCACCAACAUCGAAUCUUAUCAAUCGUCAAGUUAAACCGAUUAAUAAAAAUGGAUUUUUGAAACCACCGAUUAAGAAUACAAGUCCAAAACGUAUAAUACCAACUCCACGGGUAAUACCAACGGUAACGCCUCCGUCGAGGAUAGCUGUUAAAUCAUCGAUUCCCCCACCACGGAAAGUUGAAACGUCACCGGUUAAAAAACCGGUGUUAGAACGUCAAGGUACUUUUACUAAAGAAGAUGGAAGUGGUAUAAUAAACGCAUCACCUACAAGAACAAGAAUCCCAUUACCGUCCAGUUCACCAUCAAAAAUUGCUAAACCUGUAAUGAAACCACCGGUUAUAUCAAAAUUACCGAAAACAACAAACUUACCAGUGAAAAAACCUUUAACAAAAUCAUCAAGUGUUGGUUCUUCAACACGUCCGAAAUCCGUACCAUCAGUUCGAAGCUCUUCAUCAAGAUCUUCGAGCAUUGAGCGUGAUCAAUUAAAACGACGAUCAUAUGGUCAAACAUCUUCAGUUGAUUUGCGUACUUCACCGUCAAAUCAAAACUUAAAAAGUAACUUACCCAAACCAAAUUUAACGCAACGCUCGUAUAGUAAUUCCAGUAUACCACAUAAUACAAAUGUACGUAAAAAAAUACCUGUUGGGGUAACAACUACAACGGCGCCAGCUCCUUCCAAAGAAAUUACAAGUAAAAUAGCAAGUCUUUGGAAGAAAGUUGAAAUGAGUCGUAAUCAAAAAGUAGAGAAAAAAGAUACACGAGUAUGGAUCCAACAACAAGAAUCGCCAUCCUCGUCAACUUCACCACGCUUAUUACGUAGCUCAACAUUUGAAGGAUUACCAAAAAAUGUGAAUUUAUCGGCAGAAUUGAGUAAAUUAUCUUCCGAAUGUAGUCAAUUGAAUUCAACAUACACAAGAGAUGAUAUCGUAUCAGAAUCAAUGGAAGAAAAAAAUUAUACAACACAUGCUCCAGUACCAACAGCUACGUAAAUGUUGCGACCCCUCCAAAUGGUAAAUUUUAAAGCACAAUUUAAACAUUUUUGUUUUAAGUAGAAUUUAAA